GAUUAUACCGUUUCGUGUUGAACGGCGGCAGCCGCCUUUUACCCGUGCGCCGCUCACCGCACCCACACGCACGCGCGCCCGCCACCGUACUUACACGCACGUGGACACGACGCCGUACAUUAUUAUUAUUAUUAUUAUAACACUAUAGUCGUAUCGUUUUCGACCGUUUUCCAACGUCCGUCGCCGCGGCCACAUAGCGUCGUCCGUCAACUAUAAAAUUAAUUAUAUCGCUGUUAUUAUUAUUUUGUAAUUCGUUUCGGUGCGGAAUAUUGCAAUAUAAUUUAUUUAUCUACCGCUGGACUUUUUUUUUUAUCGGUGGUGCACUUAUCGCUGUCUCGCGUGAUCGUUCCGUCCUGUCGCUCCGACCGCGUAAGAUAUUCGCGGUGCAUGUCAGUUUUUGGUCUUCGUUCGGUUAUUUUAAUCUUUCAAUAAGCGCAAAACGUCCGCGGAAAAACACGAGUUAUUGAUUGGGCACGAGCGGAGUUUUUGUUUUCGCCUUGCUCGCCGUCCGUGGCGCGCGCGCUUCCCGCCACCACCGCCGACGACAACGUUGUCGCUGACGACGACUACGACGACGACGACGACGACUACGCCGACGACGACGAUAACGCGGCAACGAGUGUUUUUCCGCGAACUCUUUUCGCAACUCCUCCGUCCGCCGCCGUUCCCGCGCGCGCCAAUACCGUCCCGCCCGGGUCAGGCUCUUGGCGCGCGCGUUACCGCCGCCUCCGGCACAGACCGGUCGCGCGCGCCGCGUUCGCGACUAGGCCGCUGACCGGUGUGAGCCACAGCUGCCGCCACUGCCGGCGCUCUCGCCACUACCGACACGGCUGUCGGACACGAUUAACUGCCGGCCACGCGCCCCUAUGCGUUUUCCUAUUUUGUUAACGACGAAAUUAUCGUGAUCGAGCAAAUGAUGUUCAGAUCGUACAUGCAAUUCAGUUUUCCUUAUUUAACUCAAGAACAAGAUAGAAUUCUUCAAUGAAAAUAAAAUGACUGCAAAAGAGUGUUUUGAGUUCAACACAAUCAUGAUAAAACCAAAGUCCAAGCACACCAUUAGACAUAUCCUAGAACUGCCAUCCAUUUUGCCACCAUCUAAACGACCCGCUGCUAAGCCUCCAGAUGCUCCAUGUAUGAAGCGAAGAAAACUGAUACUGCCUCCAGUUAACAAACAGAAAUACCUAGAACCUUCACCUUGGUUACAGACCAAUUUUCCAUUCAAGGCGUUUCAACACAAACUCGCCACUGACACUGCUGGUCCAGAAGACCUGUCAGUCCGGCGGGUGAGAUACAAACAAGCAAUGAGCAAAGAAGAAAAACUCCCAUCCAAUGGCGUGGGGUAUGCGGCCCAUCAGGUCGAUGGACAAAUGUCGACGUCGAAACGCAAGUCAUCGGGUGACGGGACGGUGGCCUGCAACAAGGCCCAGUCCAUCGUGGACGAGACGUUUGCGCACAAGAAAAGAAGACGGGCACUAAAACAGAUGCAAGAGGUAGCCGCAGACAAGGACAACAACAAAGGCUCGUCCGAACAACAACAGCAGCAGCAGCAAGACAACAACAACGGAGGCGGCGGCGCGGCUGCCACGCAAAAGACAAUGGUGCUGCCGAAGAAACGGCCGCUGGCCGGUCAGCCGACCAGUGGGGCAACCACAGCAGCCGGACAACAGACAGCUGCGGCCACGCCGAAAAAACAGGCUAAAGCCAGCGGCGACGAGGCGGUGGAUGACGAGACCCUGAUACGCGAAACGGAAGCAGCGCUGAAAAGCCUGUCAGGUGGGUGGCCGGGCGCUCGACACUCGUUCUACCGGACGGGACAUGACGACGACCGGUAUGAGUCACCGGCGUUCGUCAAUCUGUUUGACGAGAAGAAAAUUGGCAGUGCUAGCGGCGCACACCCGCCGCCUCCACCGCCACCGACGGCCAUCAGAGUGGACGAGAACAAAAACAACACGGGUGAUUCAAAAACGGCACAGCAACAACAACAACGCCGCGACCUUGACCAUAUUUUGCUCAACAAGAUUGAUCAAAACAACAAAGAGUGCGAUCAGAACAAGAAACCGGACAAAUACGCGCCGUCCAAGUACGAGCCGGACUUUAACGAGCUAGUGGACGAUUCAUCGGAUGAGCUCGAGAUCGACAUGUCGGCCGACGGCGGUGGGGGCGGAAGCGGCUGCAGUGGCGGCGAUGACAAGGGCGACGGCGGUGGUGGUGGCGAUGACGAAGACGACAACGAAGAUGACGAUGACGACGAGAGCGGCGGCUGUGGCCGUGGCCGCAGUAGAAGUCACGCCGGCAGCGGUGACCGGCUUCGGCGCAAGAUGGACGUGGACCGCCGAAACAACAACAGCCACGUGCGUCCCGACGAGAUGAUGACUUCCCUGAAGUCAGAGUCCGAAUCGUCGUCGUACGACGCAUACCUGAUGGACAAGACAGCGUUCUCGGCAUUCCGGCCUGUGGCCAGCGGUGGCGUCGGUGAGCCCAAAGACCCAACCCGCCUGGACCUGCCCACAGCUGUCGGGGCGGCCAUGUCUCCGCUGGGACCGUACCCGCCAGCCGGCGCCACUUUCGUGGUCGGUUACACCGGACCCGGUGGCGGGCUCGUCUCCAACGGCGUCAGCGUCUCGGCUGCGGGUGGGGGUGGUCACGGUUCAACGGUCAAACAUAUGUUGGCCGGUGGAAACGCAGUGGUCGGUGGUGGCGGCGUCACCGGCGUCGGUCCAGUGACCCCGGUCAAGCCGGUUUGCGUGAAACUGGAAGACGACGGGUGCAGUGGUGGCGCGGGCGACUGCAAGGCGGACGGGGCCGCCAUCAAGAUGGACUCGCCCAGCCCGCUGUCCAAGCAGUACACCAUACUACAGCCGGCCGGCGCCGAUUCCAGGGCGGCCACGGCGCUGCAGGACGUGGCCAGGGAAGGCGUGCUCGGUGCUUCAGUGGUGAGCGCGGCCGGAGGCGGCGGUCUGUCGCCGAGAAUGACGUCCGGCGGCACUACCAAACUCCUCCUCGACCCCGUGGACGGUGGACUGAUGCUACCCGGAUGCAUGAAUAACAAAGAUGGAACUAAAUGUCCAACUCCCGGAUGCACCGGUCAAGGACACAUCACUGGACUGUACUCACACCACAGAAGCAUGUCGGGAUGUCCCCGCAAGGACAAGGUGACGCCAGAAAUUCUGGCCUUGCACGAAACGAUCCUAAAGUGUCCUACUCCCGGAUGUAAUGGCCGGGGACACGUGAGCUCGAACCGAAACACGCAUAGGAGCCUGUCGGGCUGUCCAAUAGCGGCGGCCAACAAACAGGCGUUGCGAGAACGGCAGAAAAAACUGUCACAACAACACAUCGCCUCGUUUACAGUGUGCAACAACGGCGGACUCGAUCAGCAGCAGUACAAGCACAUGGGCAACAUCAAUAAGGACGCGUACCAGCAGAUGGGCGGUCACUACGGCGACCACUGCGGCGGAGGUCCGACGGGCCGGUCACCGGAAUACUUGACGGCGGCAGCGGCGUACUACGGCCCGGCGGCGGUGGGCCCCAAGCUGACGGUUAAACCGUCCAAGAUGUUGCAACACAAGGACAUGGACGCCGGUGGGCCGGACAUGGACGAUGAAAAGCCGGACGCGAAACAACUGCACCUCAAGUCCGAGAUGGGAUGCUGCAGCGAAGGACCCGCGUCGGGAACGCAAGACGAUGCCAUGACCAUUAAGUCGGAAAUGCACUCGACCGGUUCGUGUCGCUCGGUGACGCCUCCGUGCAGCCGACGCACCCCGAUGACCAUGUCGUCGUACGACCACUGUCACGAUUCCAACUCAUCGUCCAUGUCUGGUAGCAUGGACGCAAUGAACCACCAUCAACAGCAACAACAACAACAACAACAGCAACAACAACAACAGCAGCAGCAGCAACAACAGCAGCAGCAGCAGCAACAGCAACAGCAACAACAACAGCAACAGCAGCAACAACAACAACAAAUCCAACAACACGGCAACGGUGGUAUGUCGAGUCAACAACAACACGGUUCGUCCGGAUCGUACAUGAUGAUGGACAACAACACCAGACUACAGCAUAGACCGUACGAACCGCAGCAGAUAAAUGGCAGCAGUGGCGGCCAACAGCAAGACAUGUACAAUAGGUCGGUGGCCGCGGCCGCUGACCGCAACUACGCGCUAACCAACAUCAACCGGCCGUCGCCGUCGUAUUCCACCGAAGUCCCGGCCCGUUCGUCAUACGAUCACGUCCGGCCACCAUCGUAUCCAAAUCCGCUUAACGCGGCCGUGGCCGCAGCCGCUGCAGCGUAUGCCGACCGCUACGAAUCCGAUCAGUCGUGCCAACGGUACCCGUCCGAAUACGGGGACGCCGCCGCCGCUGCCAUGUACCAACCGCACCAGAUGAUCAUGAAACCUGAACAGCCCGUACAGAUGGACGACGCCAUCGAACCGCCACUCUAUCCCAGGCCGCUAUACCAGUACGAAGGAGCGAAUCCUCCUACGUCUACCGGCGGCGGUCCGGUAAUUCAAUCGGGUUUUCCCACAGCAGCAGCGAUCAAUCUGUCGGUGAAGUGCAUCGCUGCUGCGAGUACCGGGAUGAAGCCACUUCCGCUACCGUUGCCCUUACCGCUAACCCGGUCACCAGGCACAGUAUCGGUCAUGGACCUUUCCACGUCCAGCGUGACUUCAACCAGUCCACAGACUGUCACGUAUUCAAACAGCCUGAGCCCACACCAUUACGCUGGAACCGCCGGACACCGCACCAGCCCGAACACGUCGACGUCCAGUCCGCAGGUCAACCAGGCUCCAAGCCCACAAGGUCAGACUUUGGACCUCAGCGUCAACAGGGCACCUGGCAGGCUUGUGUUUCCUGGCGGAGCGCCUAACGGAUACAGCAGGGAGUCGACACCCGAGAGCGGAGGUUCCCAUUACAUGGACCACUAUAGGGACGUCAACGGUUACACCUCGUUGAGCCCACAUCCCGGAUAUCCGAUGCCAGAGUACGCGAACGGGUACUCGACGCCGUACAGCACUUCGGCGUACUCGUGCGGCUACUCGGCCGGCCCCUACCAACAAGGCGCGCCGCCCAACGGGUUUUCGCAGAAUCCGUGUUACAGUAUGCCACCGCCGCAGCAAGACAAACUCUCAGUCUCGUCCAAAGACGACAGUAUUUCUGUUUGCGCAAGAAGUGAUCGUUCUUCUUCACAACCUGGAAUCUCUUCAACUCAUUCACAAGAACUAAAAUGUCCAACUCCGGGCUGUGAUGGGUCUGGUCAUGUUACAGGAAAUUAUUCUUCUCAUAGAUCCUUAUCUGGAUGUCCUCGAGCCAAUAAGCCAAAGAGUAAACCUCGAGACGGUCAAGAUUCUGAGCCGCUAAGGUGCCCCAUACCUGGAUGUGAUGGAUCUGGACAUGCUACGGGCAAAUUUUUAUCACACAGAAGUGCAUCCGGAUGUCCAAUUGCCAAUCGCAACAAAAUGCGUGUACUCGAAAGUGGGGGAACUGUUGAACAACAUAAAGCCAAUAUUGCAAAACUGCAACAACAACAACACCAUCACCAGCAAUCCGACCAAACUGGCUGUGAACCAUCUCAUUUAAACCCCAGUCCAUUUCUUCACCGCGGUGCACCGACCCUCAGUGUUUGCCAUCCGUCGGCACCAAAUUUAGCAUCUGGAAAGAAACCAAUACCGACAAAUGCUGCUGAUUCAUUGUAUCAUCAUAUGUAUGGCUCGAAACAACUUCAUAAUGAUUGUAAUAUGGGGAACGGUGGUGAAGAUCUAUUUACUUUGGAUGCUGAAAUAACAGAAUUGCAGAGAGAAAACGCACGCGUCGAAUCCCAAAUGUUGAGAUUGAAGACAGACAUCAAUGCUAUGGAGGCUCAUCUUCGACACGGGGAUAAGGAAACACAAAUCUUAUCUCAACGACCAAAUUCCCAUUUGAAUGGGUACUAUGAAAACCUAAGGAACAAUAUGAUGUCAUUUUUGGAACAAGUGAGAUGUCCUGAUGGUCAAUCUGGUUCCGAAAAGACCCAAGAACACUUUGACAGUUAUCUGACCAAGUUACAGACAUUGUGCAAUAACCCACAUUCCGAAUAUGUAUCCUAUAACAAUUUGUCCUCGUCCACUGCAGACAACAACCGUCCUGUCUAUGAAACAGUUAAAUCAUCCAUACAUGACUACAAUGUGUUGCCACCAACAGUCAUUUAGAACAAUGCCAACACCUACUACAAUCAAUAAUUAGCAAAUGGACUAUAUAGCUUCAUUUGCCAAGCAUCAUUAAUAGUUAAUAUUGCAUUGUUAAACUUUUUGGACAUAUAUUAUAUAUAAACGUAAAUACUUGUAUUAAUAUUAACUAAAUUGUAAAUUAGUUUAUGUACGGUUUUAAAUAAUAAUUUUGCGUUUGGAAUUAAUUGACCAAAUCUAAGUAGAAAUUUGUACUUAUUUAACUAUAAUAUUAUAAUAUGAUAAAACUAUUAUAAUACAAUCAGUUAUUAUAAUUAACGUUUUAUAGGCUUAAGCAAUAAAUAUUCUGUUAAAUGUAAUAUUUCUAUUUCAAUGGUUUUUCCAUGUAAAAAAAAACUUGUUUUACAA